AUGGGCAUCCGCAACCUGCAGCUGGACGACUACCUUAUCCUGUGCGUGGUGGUGUUCUUUACGCUGAUGUGCGUCGCGCUCAACGAAAUCAUCCUUUCGGGCGGCUCGAACCUGGUGACGGCGGCGGACAUAGCCCAUCUGACGCCCGAGAGCAAGAAGCGUCGCACGCGGGGCGCCAAGUGGGUGUUUGUGGCCGAGCAUGCGAUGAUUCUGACGACCUGGACGCUCAAGGCGUGCAUGAUCGUGCUGUACCGGCGGAUCAUGGAAGGGCUGAGCCAGGAGCGUCUGGUGCUGUAUCUGACGGUCUGGCUGGGACUAGGCUUUGUCGGCACCGAGCUGGCCCUGUUCCUGACCUGCCGGCCCUUGCACCUCUACUGGGCCAUUCCGCCUCCAGUCGACCAGCCGCAAUGCUCGUCGUACCAGGUGUACGGGAUCGUGCAGGGCAUCUUCGCCAUCUCGUCUGACGUGCUGAUGCUGGCCAUCGCGAUCCCGCUGUUCAUGACGCUGCGGCUGCCUCGCAAGCAGAAGAUGAUCCUGCUGUUUGUCUUUGGGAUGGGCAUCUUUGUCGUGAUCGCGGCCGUGCUGACGAAGGUGUACUGCCUGGUCCCCUGGCUGAUCUCGUAUGUGUACAUGAACUGGUACCUGCGCGAGGCGACAGUGGGCAUCCUGGUGACCUGUCUGCCGAUGACCUGGUCGCUGCUGCGAGACUUCUUCCCCAUGCUGGCCCGCUGGAUGUCCUCGACCAUGUCUUCGGGCUCCAAGGGCGGCGGCGGCGGCGGCGGCCCAGCGUCGCAGGCCUAUGCUCGCUCGCACACCUACAUCCACUCGCAGACCCAGCUGCACUCGCAUACCCCUUCGCAGACCCCUUCGCAGUCGCAGCCGCCGUCUCAGUCGCAGUCGCAGUCCUCGAGCUCGUCGUCGUGGUGGCCGCCCUUUUGCCGGCACCAGAGCGACAAGGCCGGCGGCGACAACGGCAUGGGCCUCGACCUGGAGCGCUGGGAGUCCGGCCUGCCUCGCCUGCCGACCAUCGACAAGCCGUGA